GAACUCAUAUCAGCACCUGAUAAAUGGAAAAUAAAAACAAUGUGACAAAAUUCAUUCUUCUGGGCCUUAUAGAGAACCCAGAGCUGCGGAAAAUAUCUUCUGCCAUGUUUCUAAUCAUGUAUGUGGCCACAGUGCUGGGAAAUCUACUCAUUGUGGUCACCAUAAUCACAAGUCAGAAUCUGAGAUCACCUAUGUAUUUUUUUCUUGCCUUCUUGUCCAUUUCGGAUGUCUUCUUCUCUUCUGUCAUUGCCCCCAAGAUGAUUGUGGACUCCCUCUCUGAGAGCACUAGCAUCUCCCUUGAAGGCUGCAUGACCCAGCUCUUUGCGGAGCAUUUCUUUGGCGGUGUGGGGAUCAUCCUGCUCAUUGUGAUGGCCUAUGACCGCUAUGUGGCCAUCUGUAAGCCCUUGCACUACUCGAGCAUCAUGCGUCCCAGGGUGUGCUGCCUGAUGGUGGGAGGGGCUUGGGUGGGGGGAUUUAUUCAUGCAGCAGUACAGCUCCUCUUCAUGUAUCAAAUACCCUUUUGUGGCCCUAAUGUCAUAGAUCACUUUAUAUGUGAUUUGUUUCAGUUGCUGGCACUUGCCUGCAUGGACACCCAUUUCCUGGGCCUCUUAGUCACCUUGAACAGUGGGGUGAUGUGUGUGGCCAUCUUCCUUAUCCUAAUUGCCUCCUACAUGGUCAUCCUAUGUUCCCUGAAGUCUCGCAGCUCUGAAGGGCGGCGCAAAGCCCUCUCCACCUGCGGCUCCCACCUCACAGUGGUUGUGUUGUUCUUUGUGCCGUGUAUUUUCUUGUACAUGAGGCCUGUGGUCACUUACCCCAUUGACAAGGCAAUGGCUCUGUCUGAUUCAGUCAUCACACCCAUGUUGAAUCCCUUGAUCUACACCCUGAGGAAUGCAGAGGUGAAAACUGCCAUGAAGAAACUUUGGAUGAAACGGGGGCCUUUGGUUGGCGAGUAACUGUCAUGCUGAGAACAUCGUGUGUUUCCCCAAAGCAGAAGUCGUUCUUUCAGAAAUGCGUGAGAACUAAACCUGUGCAUUCUCCCUGGAAGCCAGGGGUA